AGAAGACGAUUAGAAGUUGUAUAUACGGUUAGAAUUUCUCAUUUUAGAAUCGAGAUGAAGGUGCCCGAUUAAGUUCACGAGUAAAGUGUCAUAUGAGACUAUCUAAGACUAAUAUGUCAUUUGAGUACCUAAGUAUCUGUUUUGGGAUUGCAUUUGUAGUCAUAAUUGAUAGUUUAUGACGAAACAUAUUGUUAAAAGGUUACUGACAGGACAAGCUGUAUGUUUUCAAUUAGGAUCGUUAUAUUUUAUUAUCGGAUAUGUAUACCUGCAUACUUGUACAGACUGAAAAUGUAAGCAUUAAUUUCCCCAAGGAGCACUUCUAUAAAUGAUUUAGUACAGAAAAUGAAAUAAUGCAUCAUAACAGGCCAGAUUAUGGGAUUUUUUCCCUUGGGAAAUAUUAAAUGCAAUUUAUAUUUCUUUUAAAGCAGGCGAUGAUAGCAUGCAUAUUACUAGAAUUUCAUAAAAACUAGACAACAGAACAGCUGAAUUAGUAAAAAAAAAAACCGCUAGGCGUUGGUUCGUCCAUUGAUUUUCCAAAGUGAAAUUACAAUACGUGCCAUGUUUCGUAUUGAACUCCCGUGGUUUGUUUCUCUGCAUCUCUUCAGCACAUUCAGGAGAUAAUCCACUUAUUAGUAAAUUUUCGGAAAUCGCGAUUUCCCGUCUCCGAAGCGUGCUGCAAGCUGUUAAUAUCAUAUUAGGGUCCCGGUGUAUGAAUUGUCAUUUUUCGUCAUGUUAACUUCUGAUCUCAUCCUCGAAUUCUUAAAAUAUAUGAGUUUUUGCUUUGAAUCGUUUGUCAUGCAGUAUAAUUUGUUAAAGCCUUCGAUUAUAUUUAAAUACCAAUAUAUUUGAAAUAAAGUCAGCGACUUUUUAUUUCCAAUGAAAUUACGCUGUGAAUAGAAAUGUAUUGAAAUACAAUGCAAUGAUUAGUUACAUUUAAAACAAUGAUUCAUUAUUGAAUUGACGCGUCUGUGGUUUCGUCAUUUUUUUUCCAAUCGAUAUCAAUUUUUGUUGUUUUUAUGGUUGUACCAGACCAUGAAAUUAUGUUAUCAGUAAAGUACAAAUUUGUUCAUUAAGGAAAAACGCGAUGUAGCUGUCAACGAAUUAACGAAUCUACAAAUCCACGAAAGUUCACACCCACGAAAAUUUAGGAAACCACGGUAUAAAUAAAUGAAUCUGUUGACACUUCUUCAUCAAGUACCUAAUUCAAUAUCAACUCCUGAAACCUCAUUUUCAAGAGGAACUACAUGUACUCACAAUAGCAGUUAACAUACAAAGAAGUGAUGAAAAAUUCAAUAGAAUCGUUUAAUAGAUUUCAAUGAUCUAAUGGCUGGUAAGUCUGUAUGAACUUACAACUGGUAUGUCUUACAACUGGUAUGUUUCUCUUACAACUGAUAUACUAUUUAUGUCUAUGACUUUCAACUGGUAUGUCUAUGACGUCACUAUGACCUUACAACUGGUAUGUCUAUGACGUCACUAUGACCUUACAAUUGGUAUGUCUAUGACGUCACUAUGACCCUACAACUAUUAUGUUUCUAUGAGUUUGCAUCUUGAAUAUUUCAAGGUUCUUGCGUUUGAGUUACCUCUAUGAUCUUAAAUAGGAUGUCUUUAUAAUAUGACAUAUGAUAUAAUGUUAAGGAUUUAUUCACUUCUACGAAAGAAUAUAAAUAUAAUACCUACAUGUACAUUUCACCAGUGUAUUUCUCAAUUUUCGUAGCAAAAUAUUUAAAUCCUUUUUACACUUGAAUUUCGAUUUUCAAAUUCUAGUGGGUUUUUUUUUUUUUAAAUGGUCGACUGAUUUGUUACAAAGUGACAUGCUAUAUCGACAUUUUCGGAUGUCGCUCGAAAGAUAGGAUAUGGGUUUUAAGGAUGUGUUGCUAGGUUCAAUUUGUAAUAGGAAGCAGGAUCCAUUCGUCUGUAUCAUCCGUAAAUGUAUAAAAGAAAUCGGUAACUACAGGUUACAACCCGUAUCAUUUACAAUAAAAAUGAAAGAUUUCUAGAAAAGGAAAAACUGCACAACAAUGUAUCUAUCUACCUCCACGAUACACAACAAUGUAUCUAUCUACCUCCACGAUAAUCUUGUCGAAAUAUCAUCUUCUUUAUGUAGUUUUCACUCGUUGGUUUCCAUUCAGGUUUAUUGAUUUUUAAUACAAAUAAUAACGGUAUUCCCCGUACAAGACUCAUAUAGAACUGACAUCAAAGAUAUUUAUUAUAUUCACUAUUAUCGAAAUUUCAAAUACGAAAUACAAAAUCUUCUUUGAACCAACCCCCCCCCCCCCCCUUCCCAAACUUGUUGCACUAAUGAUGUCAAAGACUUGUAAGAUAUCGAUUACAUAUCUCCAUGGUUUUAGAUCCAUCUUGUAAAAAAAAAUGGAUGAUAACUUGCAUUAUACUAGAAUAAGGAUCUCAAAGUACUCUUAGUCAUCACGUACACUUCGUGCUUUGUUGGUCGUCAAUAUUUUAUGAGGCUGGUUCAUCUUUAAGUGAGGUCUCCUUACAUUUGACAGGAAUGAAGCUUUUGGAGCUUCUGGGAGAAUGCUCUUUCCGCCAGCUAAUUAAGAUGGUCCCUUCCAGAAACACGACUUAUAGCUGCACCACUGAUCAGACCACACAGCCCAACGUCUCUCAGAACGACUCGGAAAUCGAAGCUGUCCUGUACAUAGUAGUGACGUUGUUAUUUUACUCUUUGGGAAUUAUCAUUGGAAUCGUUCUCUAUUUGAAGAAAGAGAGGCAGGAAAUUGAGGAAGAUAAAGUAUAUGACGAGUAUUUGUCCUAUGCAGAGGAUCCCCAUACAGCUUUGAGGUAUGCCAGAGUUCAGCAAGUGGUAGCUAGACUUAAUUACUUAGAACAACAGAAGAAAGAAAGGAUACGGUUAGACAAAAAUUCAUCAAUAAUGGACGACAAGCGGACGACUUGUGAGAAUUUAACACCGAUAAGUGAGGAUAAUAAAAAAGUGAGUUUUCAACCCUGUGCAUGUGACCAAGAAUGUGAAUUUGAGAACGAAUGUGAAGGAAUGGGGGAGUCAAAUGUGUUUGAGCAAGACGGUGAAUCGAUCACUGCAGUCGUUGCCAAAUUAAUAGAUCCGGAAAAAGAUAAGUAUCUACUUGAAGAUUCAGUUGAAGAUACUGUUAAAGUUAGCAUUACAUCCUCAUGUUCUAUGCAGUCCAUCAAAGAUUACGAUGAAGAACCUAGACGAAGUGAACGUUCAUCGGUGUCGUCUGCGAAUGAAGAAAAUGUGUCUGGUGAAGAAAAAUCCAAAUUGUUAAAUGAAAAUGACGCCGUGUUCGAAGAAACUACAGAACAGCAACAAAGGGAAAUCAAAGGAUGUAUCGUCACAAAUGUUUAGCGAAAAGAAAACUGAAGUGAGGAAGCGAGAAGUCAAAGAAAAUUAGAUUAUGAAGCAAAUUGGCCAUUGAAGUGCAGUUUGUUUACGGCGUUUCAGUGCUCGUAUGAAUUCAACUGAUCGUUAAUAGUAUUGAUUAGCUACAGAUGUUAGAUGGAAUUGUUUGAUAUGUGUUACUCACAUCGACCCACGUAGAAUUUUCAUCGAACGACGAUAUAUUAUAUAGAAACGAAAUUUCACUCAAUUUUUGUAAGUGUUCAGUCAUUUUUUUACGUCUGUAAAAUCCGUAUAAAUAUUUGCACGAUUUUUAUAAUUAAAAUGAUAUGGUUUCGUA